ACGUGCACUUUCUAAAGAGGGGCUGGGACUGAACACCACGACUUCGUGUCAAAAUAUUUGUCAGGACUGUUGCUGACAUUCAACACUUGUUUCAGGUCUACACAUGAACUGUUGACAUGUUACCAAAAAAGGAAUGUGGCACCUAGCAUGAAAACGUGGAAGAUGUUGUCGGGUGAAAUCUAGAUCUUUCUGCAAACACAUCGUCCCAGCUCACCACUGCAUUGUACGUCCGUCUGAUAUGGCAACUAUUAAAAAAAAUGUCGACGCAGAAAAUCACAUCGUAGCGGAGGAAUCCCAUGAUUCCAAUCCAAAGAAGAAAAAGACUGGCAUAUGCUACUCACGAAAAUUCAUCGGAUUUCUGAUUCUGAAUGUGCUUGUUGCUUACGUUGUCGUCAUCUACCUAGCAACAAAAGGCCCGGAUGAAAACAGUCAAGAGACAACCACUCCCAUGGCGAUAAAUAUAAUACAGAAAGAUAGAAAAGUUCACGUGAACACCGGCGCGGUGGUGAGUGACAAUGUGGCGUGCUCGAACACCGGAAGAGAUUUUCUGUUGAGAGGUGGUUCUGCUGCUGACGCUGCCAUAGCAACGCUUCUUUGCAAUGGCGUCAUUACGCCCCACAGUAUGGGAGUUGGAGGAGGUUUAUUUAUCGUGUAUUUUGAUGCAAAAACACGAAAAUCCAUAUACGUGAGUGGUCGUGAAAGGACGCCAAUGCACUUCCGCAACGACAUGUACGUCAACCAAUCGGGAUGCUUUGAUGCAAAAUAUAUAGCAAUACCAGGAGAACUAAAAGCCUACUGGACGUUACAUAGGAAAUACGGUCGUCUCCCUUGGGCGGAACUCUUCAAACCUGCUGUGAAUUUCGCCAGAAACGGAUUCCAUGUGUCAAACAGCCUCUCCAAGGCUAUAUCGUUCAUGAAAAACAUAAAGAAAAAAGAUUUAAACAAUUUUCCUCCUUUAUGCGAUGUGUUUUGUGACAACGAAGGAAAUAUUGUACCAGAGGGGACCCUAGUCAGAAACGUCAGGCUUGCGAAUUUCCUGGAGAUGAUAGCAGAAAAGGGUCCCGGUUACUUCUAUAACAGCUCCCUAACCGAUGUAGUGGUCUCGGAAAUCAACGAUAAGGUUUCCUUUAAAUUCUGGGACAGAAAAGAUUUGGAGACUUACCACGCCAAGGAGGGUCCUGCUCUUUCUGUGGACCUGGGACAGUGGAUUCUACACACAGUUCCCGACCCCAGCGGGGGGCCUGUUCUGGCUCUUCUCAUGAACAUUUUUAAAGAACUUAAACUUUCUAAAGCCUCAAUGAUCAAAGACCCUGCGAAGACUUACCAUUUAAUGAUAGAGGCGACCAAGUUUGUCUACUCCUUGCGGCCUCUGCUCGGAGAUGGAGAUUUUGAACCAGAUGUUAAAGAUCUUGUUACGCAUUUAGUAUCGAGGAAGCUGGCGGAAGACCUGGCUAAACUCAUAGACAGGGAUCGAACUCAUCCUCAGUCGUAUUAUACUAACCAUACCAUGACAUCACAUGACGAACAAGGCACUAGUCACGUGUCUGUGUUAGCGCCAAAUGGGGACGCAUUAUCCGCAACUAGUACGAUAGAAUAUUAUUUAGGUUCAUUGGUUAUGUCCAAUACAACGGGAAUCAUCUGGAACAAUGAAAUGUGUGACUUCAAACUCAAACGGACGGAAGAAGCGGUUCCAGAAGUAAAUGCACCAAAACCGGGAAAGCAGCCUCUAUCUUCCAUGUCGCCUGUCAUCUUUAUUGACAAAAAAAGCGGGAAAGUCAGACUAGUGAUUGGAGCUGCAGGAGGCACGAGAAUUACAACCACUGUGGCACAGAUAUCGGCCAGAGUGUUACUAUUUGGUGAGACAAUUGAGGAAGCUAUUCGAAAGAAGAGGUUUCAUCACCAUUUUUCUCCCAAUGUUUUAAAGUACGAGUUCGGUUUUCCACAGGAUGUCCUGUCGGUCCUGCGAGAUAAGUAUGGUCACGUAUUAGAGGAACGAGAGAGGUAUAUGGCGGUGGCUGAGGGCAUAGACCGCUGUCCCGUCACGGGACAGGUUUCUGCUUUUGCUGAUAUCAGAAAACUUCCUGGCGGGGCAAGCUUUGUACAGAAUACAACAUUUAUUUAUUAAGUAGGAUACUUACUGUUUACUUUUAGUAAAUGAAUGAAAUAGACGAUAAGAAACAACAAAAUUACCAGUUAUUAGGAAUUUUCAAUAGUUUACUCAUAUUUCUCUCGAAUCUGAAUGCUGUGUAACUGCAGUGAUGUUUUCCCGCAAACUGAAAUCGAUGUGAUAAUUUCCAUACGUUUCUGCAAUUAUACAGAUUUUUAAAGCAAAGUCAUUUAACGUUUUUUAGUGUUCUAUUUUAGAAGUGUGUGUCUGAAAAUAAAGAUUUAGAUGUAUUCUUUUUAAAUUUUCAGCAUAUGCGAUUACUUAUGUAAAGUUUUAUAUAGAUAUGAAAUAAAUAAUUUGAUGUAA